UCUAACUUCUUAUAUUGGGAGUUGAUUGAAAGAGAAAAUGGAGAGUGGUUGGAUGAGAGAAGCUAAAAGUGAACAUCUCAUUCAGCCGGCCCAAGGCAUGGAAGAACGGAAAAAGACAAAGAACAAACGACAAGUAAACUCUGAUGCAUCUCCAAUGUGGAGAUGGAUUGCUAUUCCACAUAAGCCAAUGCACUCUUUAUUUACAAAUGUAGUUUCCAAUGGGCAGAUGCAAAGCUUUCAAAACUUAAAAUUGGAUCUGUUGAUUCAAUAUUAUACGAAGAGCAUUUCUUGUUGAAAUCUUUUAAAGGUUCUAAACCCUCUAUACAGAUUGUGAAGUGGAGGGUACCUGAGUUAGAUUCAAAGCUCAAUGUUGACGCUUCUUUUGCUGAAGAUAGGGCAGUGAUGCGUUCCAGAUCAGGGGAUUUCCUAUUCGCUCUACACUUUCCUAUUUCAGCAACAUCGGCUUUCGAGGCUGAAUUCUUUGCGCACUAUAAAUCGGUGUCCUGGGCUAUUGAUAAUGGAUAUCAAUCCUUCGAGCCUGAAUCGGAUUCACACGAAGUGAUGAAGGCUAUUGAGGAUACUAAUUUGGCUGGAAGAUGGAAGAAGAUGGCUCUUGAGUUGAGAAGAUGGAUGGCCGAAAAUGGGAUAAGUUUUAGACAUGUUUUACGAGAUGUUAACUGGCCGGCACACUUUAUGUCUAUAUUGUAUUCAAAUGAUUUUAUUAUUUUUGACUCUAUCAGGCAGGUGCCAGUUAAUAUUCGAAGAUCGUUGUUAAUUGAUCAGUUAGGCCUAAGUUAUUUUAGAAUUUGUUUAUUUUCUCCUGUAAAUUUGGGUAAGCUCUAGCCCCCCCCCCCCCCCCCUCCCCCCAAAUUCUUUUUUCCCUAAUAUUUAUUUUCUGUUAUCUUGUAUUUGAGAAGGAAUGCUUUCUCAGAAGAGGUUUUGGUCUAGUCCCCCUCUUCGUUUGUAUCUUUUUUCCUUGAUUAUUAAUAAAACUCGAUAAAUUUUCCCCGACAUU